AUGGAUGAUAUUUACAAUAUAUGCAAUGAUGAUGUAAAUAAUAGAGAAUUAAGUAAUUAUACUGUAAGCAAUGAAGGUCUGGAGCACGAUGAGAUAAACAAAAACGAACGAAUAUAUAAUGAGGAUAUGAACUUAUCGUCUGUUAUGAAUUUGAAUAACAAUUCUGGGGAAAUGACGAUGUAUCAUAUAGAUCGUAUUGAAGGCAUGUCAAUGAUUACAUUAGAAGAAGAGUACACACAUUGUGAUAUUUUAACAGAAGAUAAUGAAUUGUCAGAAAAUGGCGAAAUGAAUGAUAACAAUGACGAUGAUAGCGCAGAAUAUUUGAUAGAUUCUAAUGAAAUGGCAAAUAAUGAUACAAUUUCAGAUGACUAUGAUAAUAAUCAUAUAAUAGAUAAUGUCACAGAGUUUGAAAGAGUAUAUGAUAAUAAUAUGAAUAUUUUUAAUUUAUGGAAAAAAUUAAAAGAAAUUUUGUUAUUAUCAUAUGCAAAUAAUAAAAUUAAAUAUAGUGUUGUUAUAGAGAAUAAAUGCAUACAUAUUAUAUAUAGUUAUUUUCGGAAUUUCGAAAGAAAAAAGUAUAUGGAAUUUAGGGAUAAAUUGUGGAAAAUAUGUGAAGCGAUUGUAAAAGAGUAUAAUGUGGAAAAAAAAGUUAUAAUAAAAGAGUGGGACAUGCUUACUACAUGUGUAUUGAGCUAUUUAUUGGAAAGAAAUAGAAACUAUUAUAAUGAUUUAUAUAAUUUAAUGAAAUGCUAUGGAAGAUGUGUAUGUUGUAAAAUAAAGUUUAUUGAGCAUAUAGAGGAUAAAAUAUCAGAAUGGCGUUAUAAUACUAGUGAUUUCAUGUUUAAAAGAUUGGAAAAUGCAUUCGUGACGAAACUAAUGAAAUAUGCAAACUAA